UUCAAUUUUCCUACGAAUAUGAUACCUCCUGUAUCGACUCAGAUUCAAAUAUCGAUUGAUUCCACCGAUUAUACAUUUAACGGACCUAAUCCGGAACUAGCAGCAUUUCCGCAAUGUCCAACUACAAGUUCAUUUUCUAUAUCGCAACCUGUUACCCAAAGUCAACAAUUGUCUACUUCAUCAUCUAUUCCUCUAGAAUGCGCGUUUAAUUUUGAUUCGUCACCAGGAGAUCAUACAGCUGAACCUGGUUCAAUCCAGUCCGAAGGAUUUAAUUUUAAUCCCAAUACUAGACCAUCGUUCCGUUUUAGUGUUUAUGAAUUUAAGUAUCUACAAAAUAUAAAAUUAUUUUACACAUUAAUAGCAGGAUCUUUUUUCCAUAAAAAAAUGUGUUGCCAUGUGUUGUUUUAGUGCACCUACUCAAGUACAACGAGAUACUGCGUCUACUCGAGUACAACGAAAUACUGCGUCUACUCUAGUACAACAAAAUACUGCCACCAUCAAUUACCGCCCAAUGAUCAGUCCCACUCGAUUACUCAAUCCACGAAAGAUCAGGAAAGCUUUUAGAAGAUUAAAAUAGGAGUCAAGUAACGGCAUUCUUUUUAUACAGUUGCUCAUGAAGGUAUUCAUAUUCUUGCAGAAGACACCUUUUAUGAAUAUACUAUAUGUCUUGAAAGAAACAUUUUGAAAUGUCAUUAGUAUUGUAACAAAAUCCGAUUGUCAUAGCUAUAUUGGUAAAGUUUUUAGCAAAUCUGAAAAUAUACAUAGAUAUUACAAAACACCUAACACAAGUAUGCAGAUAUUUUGUAGAAAUCAAUAAAGUAUUUAAACAGUCAUUUAACAUUUCAUCAAACAUUUUCCAUAUGUAUGAAAUAAGCCUAAAUAUUUACUGGAACCACUUUUGAGAUUUUUUCUAGGCAUACCAAGGAGGCUAUUAAUGCUGUGUGCUAAUCUUUAUUAAAUAUAUGUUUGUAAAUAACUUUUAUGUAUAUUUUCAGAUUGGUUUUUGGCUUUUCUAUCAUAAAAAUAGUAGUUGCAAAAUACUUUUAUGAGCCAUUGUAUCUAUUUCAUACAAUCGUGAGAAAACAAGUCGAAGACGCUUCGUUUUCGAAGAAAAAAGAAAAAAGAAAAAAGAAACGAUUUUGAACAUUUUCUCGAUGCUGCUAUACGCACAUACUCUUUAUGAUAUAUCAAUUCUUGGAUCAAUAACGAACUUUCAUUAUUGAUGAGCUGCUGCUAGUGGAUGAGGAAACUUAAUAAAAUAUCGAAUGUCUGCAAUUUAUUGAGAAUAACGAGUUUAUGUGGGUAACAGAUAUAUCCUUUCAUUAAGCAUAGGUCUUAUAUAACUCGUUUAUAGUUGAGAAGGAAAAUACUAAUCAGUACUAAUUAAAUUCAUGAAUUAAUAACUUUUUUUUUGUAACGAAAGAAAUGUUGCGAUGCAUAAUGUACAAUGUAUUGAAUUUGCUUCAUACAUUUAAUUGAUUCUGAACAAUUAUCUUUGCUUCAUUAUUUUUGAAUAAAUUCAGUAUUUACAACUUAAUAAUUGUAAUAAAAUUAUAUCAUUCAGAUAAUAAGAAAACGCGUAAUAAUAAUUAUUACGAUGCAA